AACCUAAAUUAAAAACUCGGGGUCAUCUGCCUUAUAAAAAAUAUAAAGGGUUGAUGACAGCCGCCUCGCACGAACAGAUCCCACAAAAAAACUCAUAGAACUUUUACCGUGGAGAAUUGUCUAAGCUAUAAAUUUCAUAAUGACUAUUUCUGUCGUAAAGGAGACAGUUAACGCGACAUUCCUAUUUUACCUCCGCCUGGGUCUAUAAUUUAUAGGAGAGGUCAUUGCGAGAGGCCUCUGACAUAUUACCGAAGACGUCAAAACAAAGGACGAGACGGAAACUGGUUCUUGAGUGCUUCCAGUGUACUGCAAACAACUCGGAAACAAGAGCACAAAAGAACGGAACAAGGCUAGAUCGACACACGGCGUAUCGACGUUAUUUCUACCGGACAUUAUCGGUCUCGUAUUUUUACCUGAUCCAAUGAAGGAUAAAAGAAGUAGAAAAAAAAGGAAGAGAGCAUUGAAAGAUUGAUGGGCUUAAUCUCGACGUUCUCUCGAUUCUUUGACAAAAAUCCAUUUAUUCUUCGUUCGAUCUCUGUUGGAGAUAACAGUUUCUAGCAACGCCAUCCAAAUAUUUCUUUUUGCGCAAUUUUGAUUACGAUCGGUGAUGGGUAGAUCGAGAGAGUCGGAGGGCAGCUGAUAUACGUGGCGCGUAAUGAGGUGUGAAGCGGAGAAUAUGCAGUGCGGAAUUAUCUCUUUCGAUGUAAGUGCCUAAUGGCGUCAAGUACAUGCACCUCAUGCACAUGCCAGCGCGGUUGAUUCACGGGCACAGUCGGCUAUAUUAAAGGAGCAAGGUAGUAAGGUAGCCAAGUUUCAUCGAUUUUAUUGUACCGACGAAACAAGGAAAUGAAGUUAGUGAACAGUUGGGUCGAGAUAACAUUUAUUUCUCGAAAGGAGCAUCGAUAUCGCGGAAUAGGGGGUUAGAGGAGGGGGGCGGCAGCGAUGUCGCAGAAUUGGAAAACGCGACACGCUCCAACCUCAAACUUUACGUUUCGCACACGGAAACAGUUGGUAACCAAGAAAAAUUUUCGGAAUCCUCUUCUAUCUUGAAGCUUUAUCGAUCGAUAAAUCAAACUUCCUGAAAACGAGCGAACUUGUCGAAGGAGGCGUGAAACGUACGGGACGAAGAGCAACGAUGUCCUCGUUGACUGUGGUGCACGAUUCGCGGUUGGUUCUAUUGGAGAUUAUAGUGGAAAACUUAUACAUGCCAUGGAAGGGAAUAUUCGACGCAGCACUAAUGAAGAAGACGGUGAUAAUGUUUCGUAUGUUGGACGAGGAAUGGACAAGUUUGAUGCCCAAUCGGCAGGACUACCGUUCCUACCGUGGCUCCAAUUACGAGAAUGAACGUUUCUACGGCGGUAGAUCCGUGCUGUUUGCAGUACCGGAAGAGACAUUUGAGAAGGACGUAUCCGGCGUGGACCUACAGUUAUACGUAUCCAAGGAGGUAUCCAAGUAUUUCGAAUUGGAACGACGGCAGAACUUCGGGUUCACCCUCGUCAAGAUGGACGAUCUGCUUAACGGUAUUAUAAAGGACCUCCGUGAACGGAAGGAGCUUGGAGGUUAUUUUUCUAGCGCACUGGAGCGAGAACCUAUAUCAAGAUCGACGCGUGGAACGUUUCCCCUGUUCGACGAGGAUGUAAAUAAAACCGACGCGACCAUCGAGGUGUACGUGCGGAUCAGUUUCCUAGGAAAAUGCAUCAUCACCGAGGUGUACGCUCCCAUAAGCACGAAAAAAGCGUUUUAUGCACGCGAGGAGACGGACCCACGUUAUCCGUAUCAGUUCCGCGAAUUAACCACGAUGGACGUUGAGUCCUUCUGCUGGGGUAGUUUGACUAUUAUACCUCCGGUCCACCCAGACUAUCUGACUUGCGCUUGCAAGACGGAACCAGAAUGUUUAGAAAGCGCGACACAGACCAAGAAGAAGAAAAGGAAACAGAAAGCGACCCUCAGGGAGAUGUACAUGGCCCGACUAGCACUCGUGCAAGAAUUAUUGGCCAAAAUGAAGGAAGCCAGGAGGAAUAGACCACAAAUCAUGCAACACGGAGAAGGACCCAAAGCAGUUUGUCCAACUUGUAUUUGUCCAGAGGUCUGCAGUCCAUCCGCUCCAGUGUCUUGUAUUUACACUAUGCCGCCCAGCUCUUGUUCCUCUCCUUGUCAACCGACCGUUUACUGUCUACCAAACGCCACGUGACCCCGCAGGUAAAAUUUGCAUACGAAGGGGAACCACGGAAUGCCGCUGAAAGAUAUCCGGAGGCGUUACGUCGUCUAAAUCCAGUCGAACUUUUACCAUUGUUCCAGGCUGGCUUUUCUCGAGGUAAUCACGGGUACCGUGUCCCAUCGUGUUUUAUGAUCCAUUCGUCCCUUACGAUUGGACGAUUUCCCAAAUUGCCUGGCGAAAUUUUAUGCACGGGAGGGGUUGGCUCGGAGGAGUGGCUCGUGCGAGCACGGCCGAACUCCCCGUUGACUUCGCCGAGGCAGAAUUACUUAGCCUGUUCAUAAGAAUGGGAUUCGAGCAGUAAAAUUUUUUUAUUUCUGCAUUCGGGUAUUUGGGGAUUUGAGAACUCGAGAACUUUUGGAGUUGAGGACUUCCGAAUUUCUGGAGUUAUUUAUUUGUGAAUUGAGGGACUUUGAUUUGGAGAUUUGGCGAGUUUGGACAGUAAG